AUGAAAAUCGAGCUCAAACGGGACAGACCGAGUGGGAAAGGAAAAACACAACAAAAACGCAAUUCUGCAAAUCCACCUUCACGGAAACCAGCUAUUUGUUACAACUGUGGAUUCGACUACCCUCAUCGAAAUAAACCCUGCCCUGCCAAGGGAAAAGUAUGCAGUUACUGCAAGAAACCAAAUCAUUUCACUCGCUGUUGCAGACAACGUCAGAAAAGCCAACAAAACCGCGAGAAAGUAAACAUAGUACAAGACAAUACCAGCUCAGAUGACAGCUCAGAGGAAUAUGUUUACUGUAUGGAUAAAUCGAACGAAUACACAAAGAAAUUGGAGACUAAGCUCAAAAUCAAUGGACAGGAAGUUUGGUUUCUCAUCGACACAGGAGCGAGUGUCAACAUUCUGGAUGAAAAGUCGUUUGACAGAAUUAAUACCACAGGGAAACCAGUCACGAUCACGAAGUCAAACACCAAAAUCUUUGCCUACGGAUCAAAAGCACCACUCCAGCUGUUAGGUACUUUCGAAGAAACUGUUGAAACAAGUAAAAAGAUUUCUCUUGCACGAUUCCACGUUGCAAAGAACGUAAAAGGGAAUUUGCUCAGUUCUCAAACGGCUCAAGAUUUGCACCUUAUCAAGAUAAACAUACACAGCGUGCAACAAGAAACAAAAACAGCCACACAAACACACUCAGCCCAGCCCACGGUAAAUUCACCAAGUUACGUCAAUCACUUGUUGAAGCAGCACAAGAAGGUUUUUAAAGGCGUCGGAAAUUUGAAAAACUUUGAAGUUAAGCUACACACAAAUCCUGCAAUCAAACCAGUCAUCCAAGCACAACGUCGUAUCCCUUUCCACAUACGAAAGAAAGUCGAGGAAGAACUAAAGCGACUCGAGGAGGAUGACAUAAUCGAAAAAGUGGAAGGAGCCACACAAUGGGUAAGUCCUUUGGUAAUUACCCCGAAGAAGAACAGCGAAGAAAUAAGAAUUUGCGUAGACAUGCGUUUACCCAACACCUCAAUUUUACGCACAAGACACCCGAUGCCAACGACAAAUGAACUGAUUGCUGAUUUAAACGGUGCGUGUCAUUUUUCUAAACUUGAUUUGAAACAAGGAUACCAUCAGCUGACACUGGCAGAAGAGUCGAGAAAUCUAACAACAUUCACAACACACAAGGGACUCAGGAGAUACAAAAGACUUUGUUUUGGAGUAAACUCAGCAGCAGAAAUUUUCCAGAACACCAUUUCUCAGACUAUUCAAGAUAUCAGCAAUGCCAAAAACAUGUCUGAUGAUGUAAUUAUCUGGGGAAAGACCCUUGAGGAGCACAAUAUUGCAUUAGAGAAAGUAUUGCAAAGAUUCGAGGAAAAGGGAAUUACUCUCAAUGAAGGGAAAUGCCGUUUCAACAAAACACGUCUUCAAUUCUACGGCCUAGUCUUCAGCAAGGAAGGAGUUAGCCCUGACCCAAGUCUUGUACAAGAUUUUGCCCAUACACAACCACCAAAGAAUGUUAGUGAAGUCCGUAGUCUACUAGGAAUGUCUCAAUACUGCGCAAAAUUUAUUCAAGACUAUGCAUCAAUCACAGAGCCCCUGCGAAGGCUGACACAGAAAAAUGCACAAUUUCAAUGGGGAAAAAGCCAACAAGAAGCAUUCGAGAAAAUAAGGAAAGCUCCAUUAUCGGAUCCAGUUAUGGCCUACUUUGAUAUUGCCAAGCACACAGCAGUCACUACAGAUGCCAGUCCAUACGGAAUUAGUGCAAUACUGUCUCAAACAUCGACACCGGAAGCGACAGAUCACAAAAUCGUAGCAUAUGUAUCAAGAUCGUUGACACCUGUCGAACAGCGUUAUUCUCAGACUGAACGAGAAGCACUAGGACUAGUAUGGGGAAUUGAACGUCUACAUCUGUUCCUAUAUGGAGCAGGAAACUUCGAUGUCUUUACAGAUCACAAGGCACUCGAAACAAUCUUCAACAAUCCAGUUGCCAAACCACCCGCUCGUAUCGAGAGAUGGCAAUUGCGACUGCAAAACUACAGCUUUACCGUAAAGUUCAAGAAAGGAUCAGAUAAUCCGUCAGAUUACCUAUCAAGACAUCCAGCGUCGCAUCGCUCGGAGCAAGACACAAUUGCCGAAGAAUAUGUAAACUUCAUCACCAAAAAUGCCAUUCCAAAAGCCAUGACAUUGAAAGAAAUUGAGGAGGAGACGGAAAAGGAUAAAACCCUCCAAGUUGCAAUUGACCUGAUUCGCAGAAAUCGAUGGCAUGAAAUGGAUAAAAUCCAAGAUCCUAACAUCAACAGACGAGAUCUCAAAGUCCUUUGCAGCAUCAAACAGGAUCUCACUGUCACAGGAAACAUAAUUCUAAAAAGCACAAGAAUCGUCAUACCACAGACACUACGCCGCAAAGCUAUAGAACUUGCUCAUAAACCAGGACAUUCAGGGACAACUAAGACGAAAAUGUUACUGCGUGAGAAAGUAUGGUUCCCAUAUAUCGAUAAAACAGUGAAAGCAUUCGUAGAUCAAUGCACUGCUUGCCAAGCAACGGGACAUGAAAACAGCAAGGAACCGAUGCAGUCAACAGACCUACCACCAGCACCAUGGCACACGGUCAAAGCGGAUUUCUUUGGACCAGUACCAUCCGGAGAAUAUUUGCUGUCUGUCAUUGACACAUACAGCCGUUUUCCUGAAGUCGAAAUUGUUAAAUCAACGGCAGCAGGAAGCAUCAUUCCAAAACUUGAUCGUAUUUUUGGAACACACGGGAUUCCAGUCAAAUUUAUAUGUGACAAUGGUCCACCAUUUAACGGAAUUGAAAUUGAAACAUACAUGAAAACAUGGGGAAUUGAAUUCAAACCAGGAACACCACUUUGGCCUAGACAGAAUGCAGAAGUAGAAUCUUUCAAUCGACCUCUCAAGAAACUACUUCAAACGUCUAAAAUUGAAGGAAACAAUUGGAGAAAGGAACUGCACUUAUUUCUGUUAAACUAUAGGUCAACACCACACUGCACAACUCAAGUUGCACCCGCUGAACUUCUGUUCAAUCGUGUGAUCAGAACGAAAAUUCCUGCUAUAGGAAUCACGUCGAAACCAUCCAACAAACACAAGCUUGUCAAACGAAACGAUAGAGAUAGCAAGACAAAAGCCAAAGUCUACUAUGACAAACGUCAGCACACAAAACCAUCCGACAUCAAAGAAGGAGAUCUUGUACUCGUCAAACAAGAGAGAAAGAACAAACUGACAAGUAAAUUCGAUCCGAAGCCAUAUCGCGUCAUUGACAUCAGAGGAACUAAAGUAAUCGCUGAAAGAUCUGACCAUAGGAUAACUCGAAACAUUUCAUUUUUCAAAAAGUUUUAUAACUCCUUUGAAUCAAAAAUCGAAUCAGAGGCUGAUGAUGAUGAUGAUACAAUUCAAACAGACACUGAACCUGAAGCCGAUACUGUACAUCGAUAUCCAAGGAGACCACGCAUGAUGCCUAUGUACUAUGGUCAAGUUAUCACACAUUGA